ACUCCUGAAACAGUUGAAGUUGGAAACUUCAUUAGUAUUGCUUUGCCAGCUUACAGCAGUGCUCGACUGCUACUCAGUUUCCUCUCCGUCGAUGGAGGUCCAAUCUGGGAGAGUCUGAAUUGAACGUAAGAAGGUGUCCCCAUCAUCACAUUGGAGUGGUGUCCUAACAGUGUGACAACAUCAUCGACCUCAAUGCAACCUAAUCCACCACCACCCUACUCCAAUCACCAUCUUCUGUCAUCAUCACUGGCUCUCCCACACAGUCAACCCCCUCUGAUAAUCCCCCACUGAAGACACCUCAGACCAAGUCCAGCAGUGAGCAAUACUGGAGUGAUAGUGGGUGCUAGUGAUGGGUCUUAUACUGGCAGUCCUCUGUUCCUGGCCGUGGUUCUCUGCUAGUCUUCAUACUCUGUCGGAGGAAACACACCAAGUACGACGAGAAAGAAGAGGGAGAAGAGAGAGAUGACAGAGAAGAGAGAGCAGCCAUGGACAACCCAGUCUACUCAGGAGGGCCGUGACACGGAGUCUGGCAGACCUGAAGACAGAGGCAGCAAACCACAGUAUGAUGUCACCACUCCCAACAGCCCUCCUCAUCAACCAACAGUGGACAGGUCUACGACGUCCCUGACAAUACCCCCAGUAGUAAUGACGGGAGGAAGAUAAAUGAUUCAUUUGACAACCCGGGCUACUACUCCACCAUACACGAGGUCCACAGCACCACAGACAACUCGCAGAUCGAUGCAAUGUUGUCCAGCAACCACUACGAGAUGGAAAUCUACGUGCCAACAAAGGAACAAAGAACCUACGUGGAAAGUGGAGCAGUACCAAAUGAAAAUAUUUAUGCCACUCUGGAGGAGAGCCAGGCAGGUAAUGAAGGGAGGACCCUGUCAUUUUUCGAAGAGUGCGAAACCUACUGGAGACCGGCCUCGAACAAGGAGGAUCUCUAUCAGCAGCUAUCACAGCGGAAGUACAGGGAGAUCCCCAAACAUCACAUCAGGAUAACAGAGCACCUUGGCUCAGGGCAGUUUGGUACAGUGAACAAAGGAGUUUGGCAGCGAGGAGGGGAGGGAGGUGUGGUGGAGGUGGCGGUAAAGAUGCUCCAGGAGGGAACCUCUGAGCAAGACACUGUCAGGUUCCUGCAGGAGGCGGCCAUCAAUGGCCAGUUUCAGCACGCCAACAUUGUCCAGCUUCUUGGCGUGGUCACAGUGGGCAAACCGGUCAUGAUAGUACUGGAGUUGGUGAGUAACGGAGACUUGAGGGGCCUACCUUCUCAAACACAAGCCCACUCCGGGAGAGCUCCCUCCACCAGAGACAGCGGGACUCCUCUCCCAGUUCUGUGUCCAGGUGGCCAGAGGAAUGGAGUACCUCAGUGGCAAGGCCUUUGUCCACAGAGACCUGGCAGCCAGAAACAUCCUCGUCACUGACUCCAAGACAUGCAAGAUCAGUGAUUUCGGGAUGGCUCGUGAUCUGGAGGAAGGGACCUACUACGUCUCUCACGGAGGGAAAGUUCCAGUCAAAUGGACAGCGCCUGAGGCCCUCCACUACAAGAAGUACUCUACAGCCAGUGACGUGUGGAGUUUUGGGUGUCUCAUGUAUGAAAUAUGGAGUCUCGGACACAAGCCUUUUGAAGGCUACACCAACCCUGAUACUCUGAAGUUGAUUGAUAAUGGUUGUCGACUGGCCCCGCCCCCUGGCUGUCCCUUGGAAAUGUACCGUCUCAUGAUCACCUGUUGGAAUGCAGAUAAGAGUGGCCGUCCUCAGUUCAGAGAGAUUGUGGAGACUCUGUCCCAGCCAGAGAGCCUUCUCCUCCACGUCCCUGAGGAGGUCACCAGAGGUCAUCCCCAGGCCUCCGUUCUCGGAGCUCCUCUGGAGGCUGGCAGGAACCUCUACACUGAACUUCAGAAUACUUACAUGCAGUAAUUUUCACGAUAUCUUUGCACCAGUCAAGAUCUGGAUCAGUCGCAUUUUAACGCCGGCAAAUCACGCCUCCGUACUACGUGCGCAUGCGCGAGCGGACCUUCUGGACUUUCGUACAAUACGUACGUAGCAGCAGUGCGCUGGAGAGACUGGCUGUGAGGAGCAGAGCUGCUAUGGCCCUGAAAAUUGCCAUCGUUGUGUCCCUGAGCUUUUGGAGCCUUUGCGCUCAGCCAGCAAAAGCCCGAACGUUUUCUAAUCUGGACGAGAUACGUGGAAACGGAUCCCUGUUAGUGAAUGUUAGCCCUGAUGUCCGAAUUACUGGCCAGUUUGUGCUCUUUCCACAUAUGACGUUUAAUUGCUCUGGUCUUAUCUAUAAAGUGAAAUUUUUAGGAUUACCAAGCACUAAUUCAGACCCAGCCUUUGGCCUGGGUCGGUUUCAACGUCGUGAAAACUAUUACCAGGUUAUAAAAUGGUUAAUUACCACUGUUAGGAGUGGAGCAUUAAUUGAACAAAGUCCUCGACUGGGAGUAGUAAUUAGCUUUAUGCCAGGCGAUGUAUUUGCCAUGCAACAGUCACAGAACCUUCUAAUUUACAACAAAAUUGAGCUUCUCAGAUGUUCAGAGACUGGUGACAUACAAAUGUACAAGUGUGUCACAGGCCAUGGAUAUCAACCACUGGUGACUAUUGAGACAGAUCAUCCGGAGUGUAUCAGUGGCUUUGUUGGUGAUGAUGUCUUGCAAUACAUUAUGCGAUCCACUGAACUAACCACUCACACUUCUCAACAACACCUUCAACCAUUACUAGUUUUGUGUGAUGGAGUAUCUAUCGACAAGUUGAUAUUUGGUGCUAGACCCUCCCUGGAAGGUCCACCACAAAUUAUGCCCUGUGAUUUCGAGUAUUGUAACCAACUCAGUAUGUUCAAUACAACUUCAUAUCUCAAUGUUUAUGAACACAAACCUAGUUCUUCAUUUACACAAAAUGGUUUCGAACUGUUACCUGCAGUGAUCAAUAGUUUUCAGAUAUAUUAUUACCAGCGCUGUGCACUGGUGGACUGUAAUGACCGGCCACUUGUGGCAGUUGAGCUUAGUGAUUGCCCAGGUGAUGACUGUGGUAAUUGUACUCGUGGUUUCAUGGGAGUGGAUGAGCUGAGAGAGCUCGCUCGCUACAUUCCCAAUUUUGCUGAAAUCACCACCAACCAGUCAUUUCCAGAUCUGAAGAUCUCGGAGGAUGGCUUUGUGGUGAAAUGGACAUUCACAGCACAGAUGUUAGACCCAGCCUCAGGAAGGAGAAGAGGAGGAUGGAGGAUAGAUGGUUAUCCUCAGCUGCUCAUAGUAUCACACUCUAGUGAUAGGGUUCACUGUCUCAACAGCUCUACAGCAGUUCCCACUGAGUAUCCCAAUGUGUAUGAGUCCACAGUUUCUCCUCCUGUCCCAGUGAAGGUCGGAGAUUACAUAGCAGUCCACAAUCCACCAGCUGACAGAGCUGCUAUGAGACUAAUGUUUGUGAGGAUACCUCCAGUUGACCCAGUGACAAUAACCAGCAGUAAACAACUCCCCUUACACCCUCUGGUACACUUGCACAUCGUAAAGGAGAUUUCUUCUAUUCCUGGAGAGACUACUACUACUACUGCUGUGCACUUGGAGCCAACUAUUGCAGUACAUCCAAAGGAACAAGAUAGAGAUAGCUCUGUAGCUGAAGAUUCCAAUAUCGGAGUCAUAGCUGGUGGAGCAGUGGGUGGAGUAUUAGCUCUUGUGGUCUCCAUAGUUAUUGCUACUCUAAUAGUAGCAGUAGUAGUCUUACGUCGUAAGAACAGGGGGAAAGUGACUACUGCACAGAUUGAAGGAACUACAAACCCUGUUUAUGGCACUAGCAGUAGUAAGUUGUGCCCAGUGCAUUUCUCUGUGUUGAUAUGCUGUGUUUGUUUGGCAUAUGGCUCUCAGCUUCAGCAGCAGAGCUCACAAACACCGGUGAAAAUACACUCACGUCUCAAAUAUAUGCUGAGCCCAACACAAGAAAUGAUUCUGGUGAUGGGGCAACCAGACCUGAGGUCCCAGUACUCUGUUGCUACUGAACAGAGUGCUCAGUCCAACAACACUACAGGACACAUCGGUACUAUCACCAACGCCGAGUAUUUUCUUACAACAACAGUGCAUGUAGUUACUGAGAACCACUACGAGUUUGCAGUUUACGUUCCUACAAAGGCACAAGUGGGCAGAAAGAAAGAAAAGCUGAGUUUCUUUGAUGAGUGUGAGAUCUACUGGGACCCAGCUCCAAGCAGGGACGGGCUCUAUGCCCAGCUGGCAAACAGAAAGUACAGAGAAAUCCCUUCCAGCAGCAUUAGAGAAACAGGGCAUCUGGGCUCGGGUGAGUUUGGUACGGUAAACAGGGGAGUCUGGCUGGAUGGAGGCAAGAGUGUGGAUGUGGCAUUCAAGAAACUGAAAGAUGAUUGCUGCGAGGAAGAAGCUGUCAGGUUCCUGCAAGAGGCAGCCAUCAUGGGCCAGUUCAGACACUCCAACAUCGUCCAGCUACUGGGAGUAGUGACGAUAGUUAAACCAGUGAUGAUAGUCACAGAGCUGGCUCAUAACGGAAACCUGAGGGAGUAUCUUCUCUCUAAAUUUUCCACCGAUCCGGGAGAGCUCCCUCCACCAGAGACAGGAGGAGUCCUCUCCCAGUUCUGUGUCCAGGUGGCCAGAGGAAUGGAGUACCUCAGUGGCAAGGCCUUUGUCCACAGAGACCUGGCAGCCAGAAACAUCCUCGUCACUGACUCCAAGACAUGCAAGAUAAGUGACUUUGGAUUGUCAAGAGACUUGGACAAUUCCUACUAUGUGUCUCAGGGAGGUCAAAUUCCGAUCAAAUGGACAGCUCCAGAGGCUCUCCACUACAAGAAGUACUCAACAGCCAGUGACGUGUGGAGUUUUGGGUGUCUCAUGUAUGAAAUAUGGAGUCUUGGACACAAGCCUUUUGAGGGCUACACUAAUGCUGAAGCUGUUAGAGUGGUUGAUAGGGGACAGCGACUAGCUCCACCCCCUGGCUCUCCAAAGGAAAUGUAUCGCCUCAUGAUCAACUGUUGGAAUGCAGAUAAGAGUGGUCGUCCUCAGUUCAGAGAGAUUGUGGAGACUCUGUCCCAGCCAGAGAGCCUUCUCCUCCACAUCCCUGAGGAGGUCACCAGAGGUCAUCCCCAGGCCUCUGUCCUCGGAGCUCCUCUGGAGGCUGGCAGGAACCUCUACACUGAACUUCAGAAUACUUACAUGUAGCUAUAAAAUGACUCUGUCUGUGGAUGUCAGUACGCAAGCAACAGGUGGACAUAUUCAUCACUAAAAUCGGUGCAUUUUUCAGCUCUAUGUUGUUGUCGUGUCUGUGAUCAUAUUUAUCUGUGCCAG